AUGUCACUUUUUAUCAAGAACAAGAUUGUUUUGAAUCAGCAGAAAAGAGUAACAGAAAUUGGUAUUUGAAAUGCAUCCUCAGUUUAAAAGAGAUUCUUCACACGUGAUUUUAUAACAAUGCCGAAACACGGGGUUAACCUGAUCCUCAACCAAGAGGCGUUCUGUUCAUCACAUUCACGACUGGCAAUUAUUUUGCCAAAAAUCCAGCCAAAGCUAGUCAAGCACUCCACUGCACUGGCCUUUGUUUGUGAUCUUAGAUUGAGGUAAAAAUAAACUCCAGUUAUAAAAGUGGGUGACAUAUUAUAAUUAUUAUAAUAGCCAUUCAACAAAUAUAGUUGUGGUGUAAAACAAAAAGAAAGUACAAGAUGUUCAGUUAUGUCCUACCCAUUCAUCCCUUCUCAUUUUGCCAAAAAAGCCAUUUGAAGAUAGUCAAGCACUACACUGGCUUUUGUUUGCGACCUUUGAUCAAGUAAAUUAAGUAAAAAAUUCUAUUUAAAGAGGGUGAUACAUGAUAGCUGUUGUAACACUAAUAAACUUGUCGCCCUCAAAACAAAAAAAAAAAUAACAGCAAAAUGUAUAAUAGACUGACAACUCAAAAGGCUAAAGUAUUACUGUAAAAUAAAAGCAAAUAAUUAAAUUAUGAAACCUACCAAGUUAAAAAAAGUUAUGUGGAAGACUAAACUUUGACAAUUUAAUAAAGAAUGUUUUACUUACUGUGAAAUUAUUUUCUUAAAAUAUGAGUAGAAGUGUUACAUGUAUCUCUGAUUUGAUAAGUCUAAUAUCUCUUAACAGUGUUAAUAAAUCUCAUUCCUUGAAAUGAUGAUGAUUAUUAUUAUUUGGCCCUUCAGGUCUCAGUUUGGUCUAAAACUAAUGGUGGGGGGGGGGGCCGUCUCCCCUGGAUCCGCAAUUAAUAUUGCAUUGGGUUAAUUACUAUCUAGUGGACAAGUGUUACAAAACCAAUUGCGUCAUCCAGUGGAUAGUCAGGUUUAUGCGGUGGGUGGCGUUAUCCACCUUACCUGCAGUUUGAGUUAACUUAACUUUUAUAAUUUACAUUGUAUAUUGUUAUGUUUAAUAUACUAAAUUUUUUUAUUGGUUUGCAGGCAAAAGGCAUGCCAUGCUAAAUGACAAAUUAAAGGUGAUGAUGAUAAUGGUCAUGGACGAUGGUGAAAUGAGCGACACAAAGAGACAAAAAUAUGCACCAUCAUAUCCUCAGUGUGGCACAUCAUUAACACUACAUGUGUAACGUCUGAACCGCAAACACGUUCAAACCGUGGGGUUGCUGCCCAGCUGUUGAGUAAAAGAGGGUGAGGACUGAAAGUUUUUACAAAGAAUGAAACUACUAUGAGGUAAAAUUGCAUUUUUAGAGUACUUUGUUGUCUAAAGAUUAAACGGCCGAACGUCCAGAUUGUCGGCUGUUUUUUGCUGAAUUUCUUACCAUAAAAACUUCAUCCCCUCGAUAGCGCUCUCACAGAUUUUGCUCAAACUGCACAAACAUUGAAGCAGCUAUCGAAGGAAAAAGCUCCCUUAAAUGAUUUUGGAAAAAAAACUUUCCAGUGUCGAGAAAUAUGGCUGCAAGUUAACUAUGUAAUGACGUAAUUUUGUUGUUAUGACAAUCUCUGAUGCCAUUGGAACAUUGAUCGUAACAAAUUUUCAUCUUUAUCUACCGUAAUACAGCUGUGGUGGUCAUUUUUCCAUAUCUUUGUUAAUGGCAACGUAGUUAAUGCCCAAACCUGGCAGAUGUCCCCCCCCCCCCUGAAAAACCUCAUCCAGCCACCUUAAUUGACAUAAAUAUGAUGAUGUCAGAGGGAUGGAAAGCAACUAUACGUACAGCACCUACUGGGGGGGGGGGGUAGAAAAGAGAGAGAAAGUUUAUAGAUCUCAGUGCCACCUCAGUUAGCAGGGCAAUUAAAACAUUUGUUCCUUGAGUUUUUCUGGAAAUGUUUGGUCGCUCGUAAUACAGCCGAAAAUUGAGCUCAGGGGCAAUGUCUGGACGGAUUGAUUAGACUUCUUAUAAGAACACUUGCUAUACAUGAUUAAUGAGUCAUUAUCCAGAGAUAUAUUUUUAGGGUCCGGGUUAAAGUGUGCUGACUAUCGCUUUUUUCGCCAGAUUAGAGAGGGUUUCUGUCUAUCUGAAGCUGUAUAUGUAACUAAAUAAUGAAAUAUCACCUGCUUUGCUUUAAUUUUGUCAAACAAUGUAUUAACGAUUCUGGAAAACAGGAAGAACUAAGGGUCCGUUUUUUUUUUUUUAUGGGGUAGUGGGGGCUGGUUGGAUUUGAUGGGAAGCUCCUGUAGAAUAUGACGACCCCCCCCCUUCAUCAGAAAUUGUUUUGGGUGGCCCCCCUUGUAUCCCAAAAUAAUUGACAUGACCGUCCUCCCCCAAUAAAGAGAAAAAAAGAAAAAAAAAACGAAAAAAUUAAAUUUAAAUUAAGUUUUAAAUGGCCAUAAGCAGAGAACAGAAAUGGUAAAUAUAGCUGACGUUGCCAAGGGGUCUGUGAUCAACAAUGAGAACAUCGAGAGAAACUUCAAUUUUGGUGCUUCAAAAGCUAGUAAACUUAGUUAUUCAUAUAUACAAAAUAUACUGUAUUUGAUAGUAUACCAAAUGAGGACAUGUUGUUUGUAAAAUUAUGGCGGGCAAAUGUAUGAUAAGUGGCGGAACAGUGAGCCCUAAUGCCAGAAUUUUUUAGCUCUUUUACUUUAAAACGAUCUAUGCCUUUCCCGGGCAGUGAAUGACCGGCAAAUCACUUUAGUACUACGACAGUCUCAAAACAUCAUUACUUGCUUUAAAAAUACACAGCACUAGGCAAACGCUUUCAAACGUUAACAACACACUUACAAUACAACACCCCCUACACUACUCAAACAUCAUUGCUAUGCAAUACGAUAGGUAACACUAAACAACGUUACCUGAGUAACCAAGUCAAACUGCAACAGUAGUUAUGUGGUGAUAGCUUAAGUUUCAUCAACGGCGGGAGACAUUCCAUUUUUUGUUAUGGUAGGAGAGAUUAUUUUUUCGCAAUGAUGUCCCUUUCGAGUUGGUAUGUUUCUUUUUUUUUUUUUUUUAGUGGGAUAGAAUUGCUUUUUUGUGCAUAAAUAAAGUAGAGGGUCGGGGGGUAUGCUUCCGGGGAAAACCUAAACUUUCUGAACAUCAGAAAUGCUGGUUUUUGGCAUUCUGGUAGGUUGUUUGCGUUAUCACGUUACCCAGCCCCGACCCCCCCCCCCCCUCCCUCCUUAGAGGCGAUUACCACGUGCUUAGCUAAUUUAUAGUUCAAUGGAUAUGAAAAAAAGCUGGGAUGACAUUAAUAGAGUGAUUUUACUUAACCCAUAAAACAUGGUCACAACUAAUGCCAAACAGCAUAGGUAAACAGGGAAACAAAAGAAGACUUUGGAAUACGUGCAUAACAGUGCGUAGUAGUUCGUCUACUAUCUAUUUCGCGGGUGAAUGAUAAAAAUCACUUUAUUUCAAGCGCGCGCUGUACAGAGUAAUGGCUGUAACAAAUUUAACAGAAGAAGAAAACCAGAAAAAUAUCAGACAACUGUACUGCUCGGCGGAGUUUACGGAAAGGCUACAUAGCGAGCUUAUUUUUCUUACAGCUGUAAAUAUUCCUCUUUCCAUCAGUGCAUUUCUGGGGAACUUUCUGAUCCUAAUUGCUCUGCACAAGGAAAAUACACUUCACCCGCCGUCCAAACUCCUGUAUCGUAAUCUAGCGAUAACUGAUCUCUGUGUUGGUAUCGCCGCGGAGCCUCUGUAUGCUGCUUAUUUGAUUUCUGUGGUGAACAAAAGAUGGAUGAUUUGCUAUUAUACGGAUUUGCUGCGAGUUUUCUCCGGUUUUUUAUUGUGUUCAGUAUCUUUAUUUACCUUGACUGCAAUAAGCGUGGACAGACUUCUCGCCUUGUUGCUGCGACUCAGAUACAGACAAGUUGUAACUUUAAAAAGAACAAGUGUAUCUGCUCUUGGUUUUUGGUUUUUGUCCAUUGUUGGUUCAUCUACUUUCUUUUGGAAUGCUCUUAUGCACAAGUGGUAUCAAUACAUAGGUACAGCUCUGAGUCUAGUUAUCGCACUCUUCUCCUACACCAAAAUCUUCUUCAUCUUGCGUCAUAACCAGUCGCAAGUUCAUGUUGAGAGCCACGUUUCUGACGGGCAGCUACGGAACGAACCUCGAUACAGAAAGGCAGUAUACAGUGCACUGUGGGUGCAAAUAACAAUGGUUGUUUGUUAUCUGCCGUUUGCUGUAGCGGUCGCUUUGACACCUCAGAGAGGGAUGAGUAUGUCUGAUUACCUUACUAGACAAUUUACGGGGUCUUUAAUUUACCUAAACUCGUCGUUAAACCCGUUGCUGUACUGUUGGAAGGUCAGAGAAGUAAGGCAAGCCGUAAAAGAAACAUUAAGGCAACUCCGCUGUUGA